GUCUCUCGACGCCUUUCGACGCUUCGAACUCUCCUUACCCUGCCGUCGCAGUUCAGAUACGCUGCCGACACUGUCCAUCGACACAACCCGAGACCACAAAGGCGCACAAAGGACCUCUCCCAACCGAACACCAACCCGCGAUUUCAACCUCGAUGCGACACUAGGAGCAUUCCCGCGAGGUUGCUUUUUAUUUUGAAGAGAACUGCGACUCUUGCUUAAGCUUACUUGCUCUUGCCUUGCAGCAGCCGUUCUCUCGGCCGUUUUCCUUUUCCUCCAAUAGCCACAACGGCUGUUCGUACAGUGCGAGCCCAAAUCGGCGGCCACGAGACGGGGGGCGGGUAAAUAAUGGCGUACCAAGGCGGAUAUCCCUCACAACAUGCCUACGGUCAUGGCGGCGCCGGACCACGUCCGCCGCCUCCACGAGACCCGUACCAGCCUGGACCUCCUCGCCAUGUCGAACCCCCGCAACAGCAUUAUGAUCGCGGUUACCACGAUGAUUACGACUAUGAUCAUCAUGAUGGCUAUGGCCAGGACUAUGUCAGACAGCAUCAGCACCAGGAUCCAGGUUAUGGACGGGGUCCUCCCCAAAACAACCAAGGUUAUCCGCAUACAGAUCAAUACGGGCCUGGACAAGGCAGAGGUGACAGGCCGCCGCCAAUGGGAAGAGGGGGUCCUAUGCCCCGGUCGAUGACAGCCGACCCAUCGCGCGGCGGCCCGUAUCCGUCCCGAGGAGGUCAUGCUGGACAUAGAGGAGGCUAUGCCAACCGUCCUCCGCCAGGAGGCCCAGUUAGGCCUGUCCAGUAUGAGCGGUCCGCCAAUUCAGACCCUCCGCCUCACCGUCAGCGACCCAUGGGGGAGGGCCCCAGGAGCCCCACGAGCCCGACAGGUUUUGGAGGCGCUUUCCCAACCUUCCCCGGACAUCAGCGCCAAGCGGAUUUCGAUCACGAAAAUCAGAUGGUCAACCAAAUGGCCGGUAUGGACAUCUCGCAGACAACUUCGACAGGCCAUCACAGCGGAAGCGUGAACCCCCACAACAUGCGUUCUGCUGCAGGUCCUUACGGUCGACCGCCUGUAGAUCCUCGAGGACCUCCACCGCAGGGAUCUCAGCAAGGCUAUUUUGAUCCACGCCCCGGCCCAGGUCCUCGUCCUGCUUACGGGGCGGAGUACCGUAGCGAUGACGGAUACGGACGCCCUCCGCCUAGGGAUGACUUCGGGCCUCCUUCUCGGAGUAUGACGAUGCCGGUGAACGACCCCAUGGCCCGGGGGCCGCCACAGCGCACAGGCACCAUGCCCUUGAAUGGACCCCAUGUUACAGGUGGACUGCCACCCCGACCAUCGACGUCGAACAGUCAUCGCCCCCCGACACAGCGCGUGUCCCCCCUGAACCAAGGCACCCUGCCGACCCCUGCUGGAGGCUACACCGCUGCUGACUCAGAAUAUGAGAAUGCCGAUCAGGGAUAUUAUGGAGGGGAAGCAGUCGGUGAUGUUCUAGACGCUUAUUAUACGCCCGCACGCAUGAGCAAUCCCGAAUAUUCAAGGAACCCAGCAUCCGCGAGUUCUGAUGCACUUCAAUAUGACGGGCCAUCCAUGCAUCGAGGUUCUCUCGGUCAACAUUCAGGCCCUGCGGUUCCGGAAGAGCUGCGACCAGGACCUGAGCGUGUCUCCAAUAUGAGCCGUGCCAAGUCGCAACCCGACCUCAGGGAGCCGGAGACUGCCGUGUUCGAAAUGGCUGGCGAUGCGCCUCCUUUACCCCCAAUGAACAACUCCUACGCGAUGCACACUUUCGACCGUCACCCAUCGCUUGGCAGUCAAUCAGCGACAAUGGCACCGCGACCAGGCGUACCAUCCAACCCAUCACAGUCUCGAGGACCCGAUUCCUUGCCCUCUCAUCCUACGCCAAUACGACCGGGUCACAUGCCCAAUUCUAUGGUGAAUGUGCACGAUCGCCCUGCCCCAGUGCGCAACUACAACGGGUCGAGCGGUGGCCCGCAGCAAGCUCAGCCUAUACCACAGCAGCAGAAACCCCAUACGCCCCAGUCAGCCCCUUCAUCUGCACCAGCCACUGUUCCGGUGACACCCGAGGAGCUGGAACAGUUGCGCGUUCUCAUCAAGAACAACCCGAAUGACCAGGAAUCCGCUUUGAGACUGGCGAAGAGACUUAUCGAGGCUUCCGACGUCCUGGUCUCGCAUUUGCCAGACCCGAAAAGCCGUGCCCGGGCCCGAGAACGGUACUUGGUGGACGCCAACAAGAUACUGAAAAAGCUAUCGAGUGCACAGAACGUAGAAGCGAUGUUCGUCUACGCAGACUCUCUCGGCCGAGGGUUGUUCAGCCUCGAGCCCGAGAACAAAGAAGCAUUCACCUUGUAUCAGUCGGCGGCCAAGCUGGGCCAUGCGGCUGCGGCCUACCGUACGGCAGUCUGCUGCGAGAUAGGGCACGAGGAAGGGGGCGGGACCAGGAAGGACCCGCUCAAAGCGAUUCAGUGGUACAAGCGGGCAGCGACUCUCGGGGAUACGCCGGCAAUGUACAAGAUGGGCAUGAUCCUCCUGAAAGGUCUCCUCGGCCAACCCAAGAACCCGCGUGAAGCCAUAAGCUGGUUGAAACGGGCCGCCGAGAGAGCCGACCCAGAGAACCCACACGCUCUCCACGAACUGGGUAUGUUGUACGAAUCAGCCUCGCCGAACGACGUGAUCAUCAAGGAUGAGGCGUAUGCCUUUCAGCUGUUCAAGCAGGCUGCGGAGCUGGGCUACAAGUUCUCGCAAUUCCGUCUCGGUUGCGCGUAUGAGUAUGGGUCGAUGGGCUGCCCCAUCGACCCCAGGCUGUCCAUCAUGUGGUACUCAAAGGCGGCCACUCAGGAGGAGCACCAAGCCGAGCUGGCGCUCAGUGGCUGGUACUUGACGGGUGCAGAAGGCGUGCUCCAACAGAGCGACACGGAGGCGUAUCUGUGGGCGCGCAAAGCAGCCAUUGCCGGCCUCGCCAAGGCCGAGUAUGCUAUGGGCUACUUCACAGAGGUUGGCAUCGGAACUUCCGUGAACUUGGAGGACGCGAAGCGGUGGUACUGGCGCGCGGCUGGCAAGUGGCCUCUUCCCCCCCCCCCCUGCGAGGCAUAUGGUGGCAACGUUGGUGUCGUGAAGAUGGUGACUGACGGGAAAAUAUCAAAACCUACAGCCCAAGACUUCCCCAAGGCACGGGAGCGACUAGAAGAUCUCAAGCGAACAAGCAAAACGGCGCCCCGGCAGAGGGAGCGGGUUGCGAGAACCAAACUUGGGAAACAACAGGAGGUGUUCCGUUAAACAAACUGGCUGAAGGGGUUCGCCACUAUUCACCUCCCCAGCCAGAUGAUCGGAUGGGACUACUGAACUACGCUGCCGCAGUGACCGAUGAAACAUCCGAAACGAGAUUCCACGCCACGGAUGAACGUAAUGUUGGACAGUGAA